AUGUCUGUCCAGUUUUCUGCACAGGCACCCUGGAGGAACAACAACAUCAGUUUUCUGACCAGAGAGGCAGCUGUAACAGAGCAAGGAGAGACAAUCAUAGGUUUCUACCUGUUGGCUUUAGGUUGGUUGUCUUGGUUUGGAAACAGCAUUGUGAUUUUUGUCCUGUAUAAACAAAGACAUCUCCUACAGCCUACCGACUACCUCACAUUUAACUUGGCAGUGUCAGACGCCAGUAUCUCUGUGUUUGGUUAUUCACGGGGCAUCAUUGAAAUCUUCAAUGUCUUCAGAGAUGAUGGAUUCAUUAUCACGUCAAUAUGGACUUGCCAGGUUGAUGGCUUCCUGACACUUCUCUUUGGCCUGGCUAGCAUUAAUACCCUUACAGUGAUCAGUGUGACACGCUAUAUCAAGGGCUGUCAUCCUGAGAGAGGUCACUGCAUCAGCAACAGCAGCAUGUCGGUGGCUCUGGUUCUCAUUUGGGUGGCAGCUUUCUUCUGGUCUGCAGCUCCACUGUUUGGCUGGGGCAGUUAUACAGAUCGCAUGUAUGGCACAUGUGAGAUAGACUGGGCAAAAGCCAACUUCUCCACAAUCUACAAGUCCUACAUCGUCUCCAUUUUUAUCUGCUGUUUUUUCCUACCUGUCACAGUCAUGGUCUUCUCAUAUGUGUCAAUCAUCAACACUGUCAAACUGAGCCAUGCAUUGACAGGACUGGGUGAUCCCACAGACAGACAGAGGAGAAUAGAGCGGGAUGUCACCAGGGUUUCUAUAGUCAUUUGCACAGCCUUCAUUAUUGCAUGGUCACCAUAUGCUGUCAUCUCUAUAUGGUCUGCCUAUGGUCACCCUGUGCCCAACCUUACCAGCAUCCUUGCCAGUUUGUUUGCUAAAUCUGCCAGCUUCUACAAUCCCAUCAUCUACUUUGGAAUGAGCUCCAAAUUUCGAAGGGACAUUUUCAUCUUGUUCCAUUGUGCCAAGGAAGUCAAGGACCCUGUGAAGCUCAAACGUUUCAAAAACCUCAAACCAAAGCAGCCACAGCCUUCUCAGAAAGAAGAGAAGUAUGCACCAGAAAUGCACCCCGCGCCAAGCCCCGAUUCCGGGGUGGGAAGCCCAACCAACACCCCACCUCCAGCAAACAGGGAAGUGUAUUUUGGUAUUCUCAAUACACCAUCCAAUAACCCCAAUAUUGAAUGUGAUAGAUUGUAAGUUUUGUGGCUUCUUAAUACACACACACACUUUGUGUUCAGGAAGACCCUCUACAGAGCAGUGUUUGAGUAAUUUACUCAUUCCCAUUCCAUCUGUUUCUUGCUAUAGCACUGAUGACAAUACAACUCAAGCAAAUCAGAUGGUAAAGGGAUAUUUUCAUUUUAUGUAGGUACAAAAUGCUCCAAAGAACAUUAAAAUGUGGGCAGCACACCCAGUGCCAGAAACACUUGAUUUUCACAUGCAUGCAGGAAAAGAAAAACCGACUUCAGGAGAGCAGGCAUUAGCUAACAAAAUUAACUAAUGUGUUCCUAUCCAAAUUUUACUAAUUCUGAACUACAUUUCCAAAUAUGUCUUUUGCUCUUUAACAGUCACAGCAAUAGAUGAUUGUUUUAACUCUGUGGUACUUCACAGCCACGGCUGUAGGAGAAGAUGGGCCUUGCUGAGAUCACUGCUACAGCUCCAAAGGCUGCAAGGUGGUGGAAAAAGCCAUGUUCCCCUGCAGGGUACCCAGGUGUGCCCACCAUAAGGUCCCACAGGCACCUCAUGGGAGUGUGCCUGAUCAUAGGAUGAGAUAAUACUUUGUGUUGGAAGGAACCUUAUAGAUCAUCUUGUUUCAACCCCCUUGUCAUGGGCACACCUUCCACUGGACCAGGUCGCUCAGAGCCCCAUCCAACCUGGCCUCGAAUGCUUCCAUGGAUAGAGCACCCACAGCUUCCCUGGGCAACCUGUUGCAGUGUCUCAUCUUUACCCUCAGAGUAAAGAAUUUCUUCCUAAUAUCUAAUCUAAACCUACUGUCCUUCAGUUUAAAGUCUUUUCCCUUUGUCCUAUCACUUGUAAAAAGUCCCUCUCCAUCAUUCUUGUAGGCUCCCCUUUUGUACUAGAAGGCUGCUGUAAGGUUUUCCCAAAGCCUCCUCCAGACUAAACAGCCCCAUCUCUCAGCCUGUCUUCAUGGAUCACCUUCAUAGGCCAUCUUCUGAUGGCCUGUGUCUGACUCUGUGUGUGUCUAUGCAAGGACCAAGAGUUGUAAUACAUUGAAAAUACUAGCCUGGUAUAUUCUAGUCACUGUAGUCUGAGCAGUGGCUUCAUAUUUUCCUCAUUGGUUUGCAGAAUUAUUUCCACCCCCACCCACAUUCCUGUUGAGCAGGGCCUGGCUGUGGCAUUCUGAUUCAGGAAAGUUGGCCUUUGAUUUUACUGAUCUGUCUCCAAACUGAUUGUUUUUCUACCUUGCUCUGAAGGUGGAGCAAGAGAUGUACUGGUAAUGAAACCAAAACUGACUUAGGUUUUAAGAGUACUGAUGAGGUGUGGCAUCAGAGCUCUUUACAAAAUAUAAUCAAACACUUCACUUUUGCUUCUAAAGAAAGUGUUGUUACCUGCCUAUGGGUAAAAAGUUACUUUUUUUUGUAAACCCAACUAAGUAGCAACUAAGGCUAAUGAUUUAAAUAGCUAUACUGUAGGCUUAAAUCAAUUGCCAGACUACCAGAUGUUACACUAUCCAAUUAUAUCACCGAGUUUAUUUUACAGAAUCAAAAUGAGGAGUUAUGUUUUUAUAAUUCCUCAUCUUGUAAAUUAACUGCAUACUCAGAGACUUCUUUUAAAAUGUCUCUGUGUUAGCCAUGGAAAUAGUGGGUUCAUUUAGUGCCAUUUGCAACUUAAACAGGGGAAAAAGAAGGGAAAAAAUAAAAAUUAAAAACCAGCAACAUUCUCUGCUAACCUCUACUAUUUACAGACUUUUGAAAUCUUGCUGUCUGGGUGUGCUGAAAUGUAGUUGUUCUGCAAAAAUAUGGUCUUCCAGAUGUGUUUCUUGGGAAAGUUACUAAGAGAGUCCACCUCCAUUUCCCCCAUUACUCUAUUUGUUUUGAGAAAAUCACCUGUGUUUUGAAGUUAAGAACAAAUAAACAUUGUA